CCCUUAUUUUAACACCAUAAGAAAAUGAUGUUACGUGGAUUGAAAAGGCAAACGAUGAGAUGCCAUUGUCUGCUCACCAAUUUCGUUGCCACCAAUAGAUUCUUUUCCCACCCUCCCCUUCCUUCUCCUUCUUCAUCUUUCUCCUCCUUCGCGAUCCCUUCUCCUCCAUAGGGUUUUUGGGGUUGGCGAUCAAGUUCUGCAAUUCUUGGUGUUGGCUUCUGUUGGAGGUCUAUACAAGUGAGAGGAAUGGCGGGUAAGGUCACUUCGCCUCUGGAGACCUUGAAUGAUCCGGACUCCGUGUCUUAUCUGACUCAGAAGGAGGCGGCUGAGAUCGAUGAGAUCCUUAUGGGUCCUCUUUGGUUUAGCGUCGACCAAUUAAUGGAAUUGGCUGGUUUGAGUGUUGCAGCAUCCAUAGCUGAGGUUUACAAACCAAAUGAAUAUAGGCGUGUGCUUGCUAUUUGCGGUCCAGGAAAUAAUGGUGGUGAUGGCCUGGUUGCUGCUCGUCAUCUGCAUCACUUUGGAUAUAAAACAUAUGUUUGUUAUCCAAAACAUACUCCCAAGGCUCUUUAUACUGGUCUGGUUACUCAGCUUGAAUCACUGUCAAUCCCUUUCUUGUCUAUGGAAGACCUUCCUAUGGACUUGUCAAAUGACUAUGACAUUAUAGUAGAUGCACUGUUUGGGUUCUCGUUCCGCGGUGACCCGAGGCCUCCUUUUGAUGAUCUCAUCCGAAAGAUGGUUUGUUUGCACAGUAAUAAUCAGAUAUGUCAGAAACCAGCUGUUAUUGUGUCUAUAGACAUUCCUUCUGGGUGGCAUGUUGAAGAAGGUGACAUAAGUGGCGAAGGCAUUAAACCUGACAUGCUGGUUUCAUUAACUGCUCCAAAGCUGUGUGCCAAGAAAUUUUGUGGUCCCCACCAUUUCCUUGGUGGUAGGUUUGUUCCACCAGCUAUUGCAGAUAAGUAUAAACUUCAUCUUCCACCAUAUCCUGGUACUUCCAUGUGUGUACGGAUAGGAAAACCUCCAACAGUUGACAUAUCAUCUCUAAGAGAGAACUAUAUAUCGCCAGAAUUCCUCGAGGACCAUGUGAAGGCUGAUCCUAUAGAUCAGUUCCACAACUGGUUUGAUGAUGCAGUGGCAGCUGGUCUGCGGGAACCAAAUGCUAUGGCUUUAUCUACUGCCAGCAAAGAUGGAAAACUUUCAUCGCGAAUGGUCUUGCUUAAAGGAGUUGAUAAAGAGGGUUUUGUUUGGUAUACUAAUUAUGACAGUCGGAAAGCACGUGAAAUAUCUGAAAAUCCUCGUGCAGCGCUUCUUUUCUAUUGGGAUAGUCUUAAUCGCCAGGUAAGGGUGGAAGGAACUGUGCAGAAGGUUUCUGAUGAAGAGUCUGAGAAGUACUUCCAUAGUCGUCCUCGUGGUUCUCAGAUCGGAGCAAUCGUUAGCAAGCAGAGUACAAUUGUUCCUGGAAGGCAUGUUUUGCAUCAAGAAUAUAAAGAACUGGAAGCAAAGUUUUCUGAUGGAAGUUUGAUUCCAAAACCCAAACACUGGGGUGGGUACCAGCUAAAACCGAUUGUCAUUGAGUUUUGGCAAGGACAACCGUCUCGCCUGCAUGAUCGGUUGCAAUAUUCUCUUCAAGAGGUUGAUGGAAGGCCAGUGUGGAAAAUUGUUCGGUUGGCUCCAUGACUAGUAUUUUCAUUCUCAUCUUUGUAAUUUGCUUCACAAGGAUUUUAUUACUUAAUCUUUCGUAGACUUAGACUAGUGAGAGGCAUGCGUGAUGCAUAUCUCAUGAAUAAGUGAUUUGCAUGGUUAAGUCACAACAAUUAUUACUGGUGGGGGCACUCGAGUAUGUGACAAAUAGUGUAAUUAGU